UAAAUCUCGGCUGACAACAAACUGAAAAAUUGAUUUUGUAUGAAGAAGUAUGGAGGAAUAUCCUAGACGUCGUAAACCAAUAUAUAAAAGAGCCCGUAAACUACCCUUUAGCCAUCGAUAUCCAAAAAUAUUCUAUUUCGGUGUGUUAGGAAUUUCAGGUUUGAUUUUCUUUAGUCGACCCAUUUAUGAUAUGAUGUUUAUGCCACCUACAAUAGAUCCAUUGACAUUAGAUCCGGAAACUCGCCAAAAAAUGGUUAGAGAGCGCGGAAGUAAAUUAUCACCAUUAUUAGACUAGCUUUCCAUUGUUUAGAACAUUGUAGUUUUUACAAGUUACACUGUAGAACUAUCUAUAAAUACAUAUUUUGAUCUUUUAUUGACUAAUGUUAACUUUUGGCAUUUUUUUUUUACUAAUCCUUAGUUUCUGAUACAAAGGAAUUUUUGAAGUUAUGAGCAAUUAGAUAUAUUUAAGUGUCAUUAUAUGAAUAAAUUAAAAAUGUUACAAGUACAAGAUUCACCUAAUUUAACUGACUUAUCUCAUGAGUUAUUGUGUCAAAUUAUAAAAUAUCUCCCUCUAAAAGAAGUUCUAGCAUUGUCUACAUUAUGCAAAAAGUUGUCAGCUGCAGUAGGCAUGCAUCUUUGUUUAUGCAAAAGUAUUGAUUUUUGCCAAGAUAAAAUAUAUGGCUACAUGCCUGCAUCUAUCACUGAUGAUCACAUGCAUUCUUUGUUGAAAAAGUGUCCACAUUUAGAGACAGUAUAUGGACUGCAUCCAUUAAAAGUAGAAAGACGUCGGUUGCGGAAAAGAUCUGCACUCACUGUACCAGGAAUUAUUGAAGCAUUAUGUCUGUGUUACAACUUGAAAGCGAUAGAAACAUGUGAUUUGAAAUUACUUGAAGCAGUAAUGCAAGUUCUUCCUCAGCUUGAAAUCAUUGGAAAUUUCCGGAAUAGAGAUGGAGUAUUUCCUCCUCAUGCAUCUCAAAGACUGAAAUUACAACCUUAUCCCAGAAUUUCAUCUCUGCAUUUGAUUGGAGUUGAGGUUCCAGAACUGACAGCCAUGCCUCAUUUGCAACAUCUUCAUUUGCAGUGUGUUCGUUUUACAAAGCUUCAGCCAUUUAGGGCGUUUUUAGCUCAAAAUCUGAAAACUUUCGUGAUGAAACAUUGCAUGGGUCCUUCUGUAUCUUUAAGGUAUUUAUCCUUAAUUAUUGCCUUAAGUUCUUCACCUUCGCUAAACCGCUUAGAACUUGUACGUGUGCCUUUACCCGGAGGAUUAUUUCAGCGUGCGGUUGAAGAUUCCUACAGGCAUAAUGGAUUCGUUAAUUUAAAAACUCUUAUAAUUGCUGGUUGCAAGGGUGUUUUGGAGUCUGACUUAGGCCAUCUGAUGAUUGUUGCCAGUAAAAAUUUGGAAAGUCUUUCUAUACAGCCUUCUCUUACUAAAGAUAGCUUAUUUGUAUCAUUGUCUUUUGCACAGUGUGAAUUUCCUAAACUGAAGAAUUUGCAUUUGGGCUAUGUAGAUAAAUUAAACUCAUCAGGGGAAUGGUCAAAUGAUGUUUUGUUGACUCUGGGAUUAGCUGAAGUGCCAGAUACUCCUUCUUCUUUAACUGACAGUGGUAUGAGAGUAAUAAGUGAACUGUUCCCCCGUAUUAAAACUAUGUCUGUCAGUAACUGCCCUCAUCUUAUGGCUAUGGAUCAGUGGUCUCCUGUGGACGGUGUGCAAGCAUGGAAAGAGUUGACUGAUUUAACACUUCAAAAAUGUCAUUGUUUACAGCUGCCUUCAUUUGCCUUGUUCUUAGCACUUUUGCCCAAAAUAGAAGUUGUGAUUCUAAAUGAUAUGUUCAGAGAGCCACCCAAGGGUUGUAGUCAUGUCGGCUUGAGUGCAGGUACUGGUCUUGGUAUGUCAUCAGCUGUAGUUAGUAACCAAGAUGAACAUAUUGCUGUCCAAGGUCAUCAACAGGAUUUUGAACCUCAAGGUGACGAGCAGGUGCUAGAGAAUGAUGAGAUUGAUCGAGAUUAUGUAGAAGCAGAUAAUGAAAUUCGUCCUGAGCCACAUUUGAUGGUUUUGCCGCAAGAUUUCUUUGAUGAACAGAAUAAUGUUGUUCAUGUGCCUGUUGAAAUCAGAGAAAAUGUAAAUGAUGAAAUCAAUGUAGCUGAUGAUAAUGGAAAUAAUUUAAACCCAGUUCAGGCACCUGCUGGCAGUGUUAAUUAUAAUGAUCAUCAGGUUCAAGAAGAAACUACUGAUGAUGAUUCAGAAACUGAUGAUGAUGAUGAUGAUGGCACAGUUGCUUCUCCUUCAGUAACUCCAAAUGAAGCAAGCAGUGCUUUUAUUAAACAAGAAAUUGAAGAUGAAGAUGAUUAUGCCUCAUCUUCAAGGGAAAUAAUGCAAAAUGUCAGUAGAAUCAAAAGAGAAAUUACAGAGUAUGAUUAUUUACAACCUUCAACAUCAUCACAAAAUCCUUGUUGUGUUAAAAUAGAAAAUAAAAAAGAUGAAUGCAAGAAAAUAUCUGAAAUGCCUGGUACAAAUUUAAACAAUUCCAAGCAAAGUAAAUAUGAAAAGGAAAUAAAUGAUUUGUCAGAAGAAACAGCCAGAUCGCAUCACCCUUCAUCUUCAGCAUUAAAUGUUGAUUCAGUAGAUUCUAGUAAUAAUAUGCCCAGUUGUUCAAAAACUUCCAAGAAGACUAAUAAAGUUUGUAAUAUGGAUUUUAGGAAUGAUAGAGAUGGAACUUGUGUAAAUGAUUGUGCUUGUUUAAAAGCAGUACAUAGUAUUUCUGAUUCAAAAAGGUAUGCUAAUUUUGAUCCUCAGCAGCCAUCAACUUCAAAAGUUGUUGAUUGUCCUGAAUAUUAUAAUGCAGAUUUAACAUUAGCAUCUAGAAAGAAUGUGGCUACUCAGUCAGAUUUAGAAGAUGCAUCAGCUGUUAAUUGUUCGGAAUUUUCUAAUGCAGAUUUAAUGUUAGAUGCUAGAAAGAGCGUGGCUACUCAGUCAGAUUUUGCAAGUGUAUCUGUGACUGGAAAAAGAAAAAUGCAUGAAGAAAAAGUAAAAAAUUCUAAAAAAAAGAGAAAAUGCAAUAAAGAAGAGUUUAGUGAAAGCAACCAAAUAUCAUCCAAUUCAAUUUGUAAGAAUAAAAGAAAAAAUCAAAAGGAAACAUUCAAUAAUAAUCCUGAAGAUUUCCUCCAUUUCAGAGGUCCUUUAACAAGGCAGCGUAGAAAAAUGCUUGCUGCAUAUAUAAAAAAAGAAUCAGUAACUUGUGCUAUAGAAAAUCAGAAAAACGAGAAAAGAGCAUGUGCAACUCAAGUCCAGAUGAAUUCUGGACAGUGUAGAAUAUGUCUAAAUGGUGACUGUUGCAGAAAAAAAAAUGCAGUUUCAAGUGGUGCAGGCAGCCAGAAUGGAUUAAGAGAGACUCGGUGCACAUGUAAGCAUUCUUUCCAAAAUAAGCUGGUUAGGAAUCGACGAUGUUCCUCCAAACAUAAUAGUUCUUGUGCCUUGAAAACACCAUGUAAAACAAAGACUUCAGACAAUAAAUCAUGUUCAUCAAAGCGAAAUAAAUCUAGUCAUACAAAUUCUUAUGAUAGUGGUAUGCACUUGCAGUCUUCUGAAAGGCAUAAUUCAUUCACUGUAAAAAAAACAAAUUUUGAAGCAAAUAAAACUGAAGAAAAUAUAGCUAUCAAAAAGUGUAGAUUUUCUCAUGGAUCUGAGUUAGCACAUCAUGUACCAUGUGUUAAAAAGAAAAAAGGUAAAGUUGUGUGUAAUCAUACUCAGGAAUAUGUUACCAGCCAAGGAACUCAAGCCACUAGUGCCGAUAUCCGUCGUACUUUAAGGAGGUUUAGAACAUCUAAAGUGCGUACAGUGAAACUUUCAUCCAAAGCACCUGGGUUUUUAGACACAUUUUCAGUUUCUGCCACAAAACAGUACAAAAGAUGUAAGUUACCCAAAUCUAAAGAUAUGCAGAAUAAAGCUACUAGCACCAGUGAUCCUUUGAUGGAAGAUGAUGCUGUUCAGACACUACGAUUAGUAUCUGAAACACUGAUUAGCCUGACUAUUGUAUCCUGUGGAAUAUCACAUAUUGUCAUUGACCAUUGUCUAAGAAUGACACAUGUUGAAGUUCAGGCCUGCCGUAUUCUGAAAAAGUUUCAACUUAAUUACUGCCCACGUGUAAAAAGAGUGAACAUCAGCCAGUGUCCUAAAUUGGCUGCAGAAACCUUCUUUCCAGAAAUUAUAUCACUUUCAACAGUUAAUAGUCUACUGGUGUCUUUUGAACCAUGUAUGCAGAGUUAUCAUCCAAUUGAUGGUGAAAGAAUGAUAUUUUCCAAAGCAACUCCAGAUCAAAGCAUAGUUGUUUUUCAUGAUUACACAGAUAAUUCUCAUGAAAUCGUUCAAGCUGUUUUUAAGGAAAGCUUAUUAGGAUGGAUGGAAUUGGUGCAAAGAAUAUAUUUGUCUUUGAACCUUCUGAGAACAAAGAAAAUUGAAAACAAAUCAAUUGCAGAAAAUUCCAGGAAGGCACGCUACCCAUGGGGCCACGAUCUGAGAAGAAUUCAUGGAUUUUACAUGUUCCCACCUGCUCCUAAUCCAUGUGCAACAGAAUGGAAAUAUGAAAUGCUGACCAAUAAUCAUGUAUUUGCUAGAGCAUUUGAGUUUUUGCCUUGGGAUAAAGGUGUUCCAAGAGCAGAAUUCUGUGGAAAUUACCAUAAACUGCCUAUAUAUCCAUUCAUAUUGUAUGAAGUAGCUGAAAGAACUGUACAGAUGCCAAAAACAUUGACAACAUUUUAUAUUCCUAUCACUGAGAGUAAUUAAAGAGUUUUAAAAUAAUCA